UGGAAUCCGACCACCGUAGCAACACUCCCCAACCACCCAACUCCGACUAUUGCCCCAUCCCCGUCCCCGGCGCCGGCUUCAAUCCCUCCUCCCACUCCUCCGCGCCGCUACUGCACAAGCGGGAGGAUUUGGAAUCUACUGUUGGAAUCCAAGGACUCCAAAAUUGCACGAAUCAGCAUCCCCUACAUCCCCGGCGGAGCCCCGAUCUUCGAGGCAGCGGCCAAAUUCUGCUACGACAUCCACGUUGACAUCAACCUCUCAAACGUCGCGAUGCUGCACUGUGCAUCCCAUUUCCUGGAGAUGACGGAGGAAUUCGCCGACAAGAACCUCGUAUCCCGAGCCGUAGUGCAAGUAUAUAUAUUCAUACUCCAUCUAGCGCUAGUGCAAGUAUAAG